AAGUACCAAAUGAACUUGUCUGUUUGAGACUUUUUGAGCGAGGGUGAUGAUGAUGGCUUCGAGCUUCCACCGACUCGUCCUUCCUUGUCUCUUGGCCGUGGCCAUGUUGACGUGCACCGGCUCCGUGGAAGCCAGACGGGCGCACGUACUCCUGGCGUCCGCUGCGGCCCCGGCCGCUCAGCGGAAGCCCCAAACCAGCGCGGAGGACCAGUUCCUGACUGGCCACGACCAGGCCCGCGCUGCGGUCGGGGUGGGCCAGCUCCGGUGGAGCGCGAAGCUGGGCUCGGAAGCCAGCCGGGUGGUGGCGCAGCAGAAGGAGAAGGGGUGCGGCUUCGCGGACCUGGCGUCGAGCCCCUACGGGGCCAACCAGUUAUGGACGAGCUACCCGGUCAAGCCGGCGGAGGCUGUGCGGUCAUGGGUGGAGGAGGGGAAGUACUACAGCUACGCCAACAACUCGUGCGCGGCGGGGCACGAGUGCGGGACGUACACGCAGGUGGUGUGGAGGAAUACGGCGGAGGUGGGGUGCGCGCAGGCCAACUGCGUCGGGCAAGGGGCAACCCUCACGCUCUGCCUUUACAAUCCCCCUGGGAACAUACAGGGGCAGAAGCCUUACUAGGUCGAUCGGAUCUCUUCACGUUGUGUUCGAUCUUUGGUCGGAGAGAAGCAGAGUACUUGAGAGAUCACCAGAAAAUAAAGGCGCUGGCUUUGCAUUCGAUGUUCUUGGAAUGAACAUGAAGAAGAAAUAGCUAUCAUUUGUAUUCCGAUUCAGUUUCCAUAGCGUACUUCAUUUUGUUUCCAGGAUCAUUGACCACGUAAUAAAUUCUACGACGACUGGAAUCGUCUCGACUGCAUAA